UCUACCAAAGAAGGAAACGAAAAACUAUGACCUUGAAAUUCCUUUAAUUAUCACGACGAAGUCUGGGAGUCAGCGAACGUCACAACGACAAGAGGAAGACCAAACAUACGAACCCGGACAUGAAUAUGAACCCAUUGAUGAUCCACCGACUUAUGCC